AUGGAAUUCAACUGUCUUCCCACGCUGCACCGCAAGCGCUAUGGGUACCGGCUGGACUACCACGAGCGGAGGAGGAAGAAGGAGGGACGCGAGGCGCACGAGCGCUCCCGGAAGGCCAAGAAGAUGAUCGGGCUGAAGGCCAAGCUCUACCACAAGCAGCGACACGCCGAGAAGAUACAGAUGAAGAAGACCAUUAAAAUGCAUGAAAAUAGAAAUACCAAGAAAAAGAAUGAUGAAAAAACACCUAAAGGAGCUGUGCCAGCAUACCUGCUGGACCGAGAGGGCCAGACUCGGGCUAAGGUUCUCUCUAACAUGAUCAAGCAGAAAAGAAAAGAAAAAGCUGGGAAAUGGGAGGUUCCUGUGCCAAAGGUCCGUGCACAAGGAGAAACAGAAGUUUUAAAAGUAAUUCGUACAGGAAAGAGAAAAAAGAAGGCCUGGAAGAGAAUGGUCACAAAAGUUUGUUUUGUUGGAGAUGGGUUCACUCGGAAGCCUCCUAAAUACGAACGAUUCAUUCGACCAAUGGGCUUACGUUUCAAGAAGGCACAUGUGACACAUCCUGAACUUAAAGCUACCUUUUGCCUACCUAUCCUUGGUGUAAAAAAGAAUCCUUCUUCUCCUUUGUAUACAACUCUGGGCGUAAUUACCAAGGGUACAGUCAUUGAGGUGAACGUGAGUGAGCUUGGCCUUGUGACCCAAGGGGGCAAAGUUAUCUGGGGAAAAUAUGCACAAGUAACCAACAAUCCAGAAAAUGAUGGCUGUAUUAAUGCAGUACUGCUUGUUUAAGUUACAUUUUGAUACUAAGCAUUGGACAGGGGCUCCAGCAAAAUCAGUGGUUUCAACAACUUUGCAAGAUCUCUGGAACU